UACAGAGCCUCUCAGUCAGCAACAUUACAGUCCCUGCUGCUUCCUCUUUACCUGUGUGCUGGGACCCCCAUUCACAGGGGGUUAUUGCAGACAUGUUUUGCUCUCACAUGGUUAAUACUUAGUGAGACCGGCUGAGAGAACAUGACUGCCAUGUUCAAGCUGAAGGGCAGGAGGCGAAGCCUGUUCCCCAAUUACAAGCUUGGGAGCACAACCCUUUCUUCCAGUGAUCCAGUGGAAGAGGAAGAGCUUCCAUUUGCCCAGCGAAACUGGCUGAAGCCAUGGAAUUCAAUGCAGGAACUAAGCCGAGAUAUCUAUAACCUCGAUGAAGAGUAUGAAGAUGAUGAGGAUGACAAGGUUUUACCAGCCCCUCUGAAGAUGGCUUCUCCAGCUAAAAACUACAUGCUGAACAUCAAUGUAGGUGGGAAGGUUUACCAGAUAGCCUACAGGGUGGCAGCCAAAUACCCCAAGACCAGAAUUGGGCGUCUUGCCACAUACACAGACCAUAACAGGAAGCUCGAUCUCUGCGAUGAUUACAUUGUGCAGAAUAACGAAUUUUUUUUUGACCGAGACCCAGAAAUCUUUCACAUCAUCUUCAAUUUCUACCGGACUGGGGUUCUUUGGAUAAAAAACGAAUUGUGUCCACGUAACUUUUUGGAGGAAAUCAACUACUGGGGCGUCCGGAUCAAGAACACUCACCGCUGUUGCCGGAUCUCAUUUGAAGAACGGCAAGACGAGCUGAACGAGCAGCUGAAAGUGCAGCGCGAGCUGCAAGCUGAAAUUGAGGUGGAGGAAAAUGAAGAGUUGUUCAGAGGAAUGAUCUUUGGGAAUACAAGGUGCAGAAUUUGGAACCUCAUGGAGAAACCUUUCUCCUCAGUCACGGCCAAACUCAUGGCUGUGGCCUCCAGCUUCUUUGUGUUGGUUUCACUGGUGGCCAUGACCCUCAACACAGUGGAGGAGAUGCAGUACACCAUGCCAUCUGGCCAGCUUAGUGGCAAAACCUAUGCAGAGUAUGUGGAAACCUUUUGCAUCACGUUCUUUACAAUGGAGUACCUACUCCGACUCGUUUCUACACCAGAUCUACAGCGCUUCGGCAGGAGUAUGCUGAACGCCGUGGACCUGAUCGCUAUCCUCCCACUGUACCUCCAGAUGAUCCUGGAGAGCUUUGAGGACGAGGGCCUCGAGAAGCAUGGCACUGACAUUGAGACUGUUGGACGGGUCGGGAAAUUGGGACAGGUGCUGCGUAUCAUGCGUCUCAUGAGGAUCUUCCGGAUUCUGAAGUUGGCGAGACACUCGACCGGACUACGAGCUUUUGGGUUCACGCUGCGCCAAUGCUAUCAGCAAGUUGGCUGCCUUUUCCUUUUCAUCGCAAUGGGAGUUUUCACCUUCUCAGCCAUGGUUUACACUGUGGAGCAUGACGUCCACCAGACCAACUUCACCAGCAUCCCGCAUGCAUGGUGGUGGGCAGCUGUGAGUAUUUCCACAGUGGGCUACGGGGACAUGUUCCCAGAGACGCACCUCGGUCGGAUUUUUGCUUUUGCUUGCAUCUCGUUCGGGAUCAUUCUGAAUGGCAUGCCCAUCUCCAUCUUAUACAACAAGUUCUCAGACUAUUACUCCAAGCUCAAAUCCCACGAAUACACAUCAUCUGUGAAGGCACGUGGCAAGGUGAGGUUUGCCAAAAGAGCUGUCAAGAAGUUUGUAGAGUGCUGCGACGAAGGCUGACGCUAAACCCCCCUGAGAUGUCCUGCCAUGUGUUGUGUGAUGGGGAGGAGAACAAAACAUUAAAAAAUCAAGUGAUUUUACUACAAGAACAAAAAGUGGUGGUUUUGACAUGAAUAAGCCCUGAGAGUCUUAGCGACAAAUUAGCGAAGUAGCUGCUUAGUAAAAAAAGUAGUAACAAAUUUCACAAUCUAUUUUUGCAUGUUUUUAUUUUUUUGCUUGUAUUUUGUUUACAUUUAAAUUGUAACCGGGUACAUUUGUUUUCAUUGCUUUUCCUAUAAACCUACGCAGCUGCUAAAGAA